AUACUUGUUGCAUAAAUGUUUGGAUUUGUAUUCAUAAGUUUUUGAAAAUUCAGCACCACCUCAUUUUCCGUUUGUGGUUGAGAGAUAUGAGAUCACCACGUCUAUGAUGUGACACUCAAAUAAUGGGGAUACCAUCAUUAAUGAUCCUUUGUGCAUCUUUAGUUUCGUUUUCUUUACCGCAGAAUUCAGUUGUACCUCGCCAGUGUGUGAUUAUACAGGACAGACAAAAGUUAUCCUUGCCACGAGUUGUUCCAAGUUUCCUGACAACGGAAAACAAAGGGAUAUGUCGCACGUCAGAUAGACAAGCAUUACAAUGUGGUAACAUGGACGUCUUCAUCAAGCCUGAGUGUGUAUGUUCAUUUUAUAAUGUGCACGAGGCAAAGUAUCAUUCUCACACAGCUUGCCCGAGAGGACAAACUUCAGAUUACGUAAUAAAGUUAAAAUGUCAUGAUUGUAAAAGGUACAGCUUAGAUAACAAAGGACCAUGCCUCAACGGUGGGAAUUUGACCUGUAGAGGCGAGGAAGUGACACCAAUGAUGACAUGUGAUUGCCCCAGUGGGUUAUCAGGCAUGUUUUGUGAAAAUCAGAUGAUAAAGGUGGUGAGGAUUUGUGAUAGGACUGAAGGUUCGUCCCAUCCUUAUCUGAACAAUUGUGACAUCACGAAAUAUGAAUGUCUUACUUACAGCAAAAACAAACGAUAUGUUUUCAAAUGUAACAAAACUCUGAGAAAAGAAGAAAAACAAAAACAAGGAAAUCUGCCUCUCUGCAGUGAAGUGGAGAUGGAAAUCGAGAUAGGCAGUAAAACAACAAAGGGUCCCCAGAGGGUAAACAACACCAGUGAUCGGAAUAAAGCGUCGCUUCUACCAAGAGAUGAAAGAGAUACUUCCGGUGUGAUAUUGAGUAUAUCAUCCGGUCUAGUUUUUAAAAGUUUGCUGUAAUUUUCGGGAUAUUUGAAAGUCACUUAGGUGUUACUUUAAUAUUGGAGAAAUUGAAUUGAUUGAAAAUGGGUAUGUAGGACUUUAAAAAGAACAACACUGAAAAAAAUCAACUUUAAAAUCCAAUGUUCUAAUUUUUUUUUGGGGGGGGGGGGUUAUUUUCAUUAGAUUGAGAAAUUCCAUUAAUACAAGACUACAUUUACUAUAUAUAAACUAUAUGUCUAUGAAAAGUCGAAGAAACAUAUACAAUUUGGAAACUCCUAUAUGUAUAUGGUUAUUAUGUAUUUGUUAUAUAAAAUCUAAAAUUAAGUAUGUCGAUACCCUAUUAUGUAAAAUGUUAAUCCAGUCCUUGCAAUAAUUAUGGUUACUUAUGCACAGACGCAUGAUGGGAAAACAUUUUCAGACGACUAAGAUCUACUGCAUUACAAGGAUCACUCAGAUUUAGGAAGUCCAUUGCAGACACGUGAUUUCAAUAUUUUGCUCAUUUUCAAUUGUGCGAAAUACUGACUUCAAAGGUAAAAUUAUUGUCAUUCCUGAAUUGGAAAAGGUACGGCUAUUACAGUUCUGACCUGAAGAACAUGAAAGCAAUUUUAAAAAUAGUAGAUAUAUUCAGAAUAAAACACAAAUGCAUGUUCAAACCUUUUGUGACCGUGUACGUAUGAAGUCAUCAAACUUUGUGUUCUAUGCCGACAUAACGCGUUUUUUUUACGUGUAGCUACGCGUUUUGAACUUUUAGAGAGUUAUCUACACGUAAGUAGUGAACUUAUUUAUUUGAAGAUUUUGCAACUGGUAUGCAGUUGUUUGAAUAUUGCAUAUUUCAAACCUGGUCAUGUGUAACAAUUAUAAGUAUAUUUCAGUCCGUGAAAAAGGUGUAAAUAAUAUAGCAAGCCUCUGUUCAAAAUGUGAUUACUAGCACAGGGUUUAGACACAAUCUGAGCAAACUGGUAAUAUAGUAUUUAGAGUGAAUGGAUCUAACAGCAGCCAUUAAAUAUUAUCGGUUGCUCGCUUCAAACUCUCAAAACUUCGGUAUUACCGUAAUCGUGACAAUCGUCGAUGCCUCUGCUGGUGGACUGUUAAUCCCCGAGGGUCUCUACAGCCCAGUAGCUAAGUACUUCGUUACUAGCUUGAAAAUACGGAUGUAUAUUUAAUUGCUCUGAUAAAAUUUAGAAAUUAAUUUCCAAAUUAAAGAUUACUGUAAACGUAUUAUAUUUGGCGUGUACGAUAUUUGGCGGAAAUCGCUUUUUCAACAAGUUAACGUAGAUUUGAUUUAGCGCAUUCCUGAAUUACUUUAAACAUCUAGAUUUACGGAUGACAUUUAGCGAUGUACUUGAUUUAGCGGAAGCUGCGUUCCGCCAAAGGCGCUAAAUAGAAUACACAGCCAAAUGUAAUACAUUUACAGUAUCUCCCUCAUGCAUAGCCUUAUCCUUAGACAAAUUUGACUCCACUUUUUGACACUUUGUUUUCCCCUAAAAUAGCUCUUACAAGUUUAUUGUUAUUUCGGAUUUCAAACAUUUCGGUUGAGCAUCACUAAAGAGACAUUGUUUGUCGAAAUGCGCAUCUGGUGCAUCAAAAAUGGUACCGUAUAAGUUUUACAUAAUGCAUUAAAAUAUAAUUAAGUUUUUCCAGUCGAAAGCCAGGAUAUUGUUCAAUUUUGUAAUGCAUAAAUCGUUUACUUGACUUCACAGAAACUUUGAGAGAGAGAAAAAACAACUUCCGAGAAUUAGGUCGCUGUCGUUAACCCUACACCAUUUUCCCCAUGCAAAUUUCCUUCAUUACGUUGGAUUUUGUGUACGUUAAACUGAGCUUGUAAUUUUUCGUACGACACUAAUUGCAUUGUUUAUGAAUAUGAUUGUAGAUAAAAUUACAUGCGUGCAAAUUUAGAUGAAAUUGUCAUAAAAUUAUAUUUAUCAUGCACCCUUGUGACGACACCCUUCUAAACACUAACACCAACAACACUCUCCGCCUGCAACCCCUUCCCUCGAUAAGAAAUAUCAAAUUUAUGUUACGUCAAGUAGUAUAAAAUUCUGGCAGGAAAAAAAAGCAUCUCUUUUUAUACCACCUCUCUCAUAAUAAUAUUUUUCAUUCACAAAUGAAACAGUAUUUCGUUAUUUUGAUAAGGCUAACGUGAAAUGUUUAGUGGAGUGCUUGAUUUUUUUUUCCAUUUCGUUUUUCGUGUUUUAGUAACGUUAGCUGUGAGAGAAAACUGAAGGCAUGGCUUCAUCAAGAAAAAAGUUUCCCUUUUCCUUGAAGACGACAUUGAUUCGUUGAAAGAGGUAGCAGAUGUAGUUAACCCUUCUGCUGGGACUAGAAAAAUAGGCCUAAGUGGAUUGAGAUUGCUGAGAAUUGUAUGGUUGCACAUGAAGGACCUUCCCUGGAUGGUAGACGUUACGUUGCAGAGGGAGAACCACUUGUUUCCUAUUCUAAGUCAGGGGAGAGGGGAAAAUUGUAAAGGAAUGAUCAAUGGUGGGAUAGGGGAGACAUAUUUAACUGCUUUCUUAGCAGCAUUGAAUAUACCUGGAAUUUCAGAGAGGAUUAAAGGAAAGAGAAUGGGAAAUUGGCAGUUCGCUGAAGAAAAGGGCAGAAGAAAGUUGCCAAACCACUCUUUAGGAUGAGAUUUAAAAAGAUUUGCGAUGUCUCCUGGAAGAUGCAAGGUGAAGAUAACGAACAGUGAUCAAUCUCACAACUCCCACAAGAUACGACUUCAAACAUUCCAGAAUCCUGCAAAGAAAAGUUAAACGAAACGAUUACAGCAAGCAAAGCACAAAAAGCCAGAACGGUCUGCAAAAGACGCAACACAGUCGGUUGUUGAAAAUAAUUUACUUCAUUACAGCUGUAACUUUAUUUUCUUAUCUUAACUGUUGUGUGUAAAAAAAAAUUUAAACGUUUUUAUUGUGGCUGACACGUACUGCAGUAAAAUUGGUUUGGAUAAUGAAAUUGAUUUGGAAGGCAUUUCUUUAGAUCAACCAAGUGACAGCAAAUCCUAUGUAGGAUUUGACCUAGACACUGUUGGAUUAGGUUUGUGAACAAGUAUAUCUAAUGAAUAUGUUUCAGACUGGUGUAUUAUUAUUUUUAAGAUUUUUCUGCUAGUCUUUUUAUAGAGAGUUCUGCUGCACUUGCCCUAGAGGUAUACUCUAUAUGGAGUUUCAAAAAUGUGUUUAAUUUCAUUUAACCAGGACAUCUGAUAUUGUUCAGAUUGCAGCAGUGUGUGGAGAUAUGGAGUUUAACAUGUUCGUGAUUUCCCCCGUCCCCAAGUAGUCUUGAUGCAUCCACAGCAACUGGACUGACUUUUGUUGUUGGAAUCAUAAUGGCUGAGUGGUUGAACAUAAGAACCUUUGAAGAACUUCAGUAAUUUGUACAAUUUUUUAAGAUUGUUGGUUGCAAAUCUGUUUUGGUUGGUCACAACAUACAAAGAAUCCAUCUUACAAUUUCGAUGAAUCAGCUAAUCUAAUAUAUUUGUAUAAACUAUUUGAAAGUUUUGCAAGCACUCUCAGUGGUUUUAUUGAUACAUAUGAAGUGUGUAAUGCUGUUGCUGAUGUGAAGGAACUGAACGAACUUUUUAAAAUUAAGUUGUUGACACUAUAUGUAGUGUUAAUUGUAUGUUCCCAUUGAAUUGUUACACCAUCAAGUCAUUGAGGACCCUGUGUUAAUUGCAUAAUUUCGAAGCUGAUUGCAAAUUAUUUCAGUUUGUUAAAGUUUGAGAUAAUCCACAAGAGGGAUUACAAAAUGUUUUCAGUGAACCAGUUUCUGGUUCAAAGCAGCCUAAAAUAUCCAGGUCAACUAAUGUUAUCAACAAAUUGGUUGAUUAUUUGAAUAGUUGUUCAUGAUUACUGACUGUAUGUAUUGCAUUUGUUUUAAAAUUGAACAACAUCGUGUAUACCACGUGAUAUAUGUGUUCACAGCAUGGUCUGAUAUAUUUGUACUUGCAAUAGUGUACAGAGAUAUUACACAUUUUGUUUAUAUAUACUGUUUGUACAUUUACCUGGGUGCAUUUUAAAUAAGCAUAAUGAAAACAAUAAUACUUCAACAUUGGCAUUGGAAUAGGCUAUGGCUUCAACCUUGUUCCAUUUGUUGUCACAAAACCAGAGAUUAUUGUAUGUAAUUGAUGAUAUACAGGGAGUAUUAUAGGUUUAAAAUGUCUGUAAAUUGAACUAAUGUUUUAGGGAAUGUUUUUUAAAUGUAAUAUAGCAAGAAAUGAAAAAUCACAAGUCAAUUUAUUCCCCAAAAAUAGUUUUAAGUGUUGCAUUGCCUUACUUUUGACUGCCGAGGGCUUUCUAAAAUUUCACUUUGAAUUAAUAAUAAUUAGAUAUAUUUAUAUCUUUAGAAUUAGUUAGGAUUAGUACAUAAAUCUGAACUAAAGUCUAGCCUUUAAAUAUUAAUAUUGUGAUAAAUGAGUAAUCGUUAUUGUACGAAAGCCGGAUAGGCUCAUUUUUGAAAAAGUAAUAAAAAACGUUAUAAAGAAAUAUUACCCCGUUAUAACAACAUAUCAACUCGUUAUAACGAGAUAAUUAACUCGCUAUAACGAGAUACUAACUCGUUAUAACGAUAUGAUUAUUAAUUAACUAUUUUUUUAUAACGAGAUACUAAGUCGUUAUAAGAAGAUAACUAACUCGUUAUAACGAGUUAGUUUUUUACCUUGUCAAAAAUGAGUCCAGCAGGUUUUGCAUUAUUGAGUAUCUUGUGAAAAAGAAAUAGUAAUCACCCAAACACUCCAUCAAAAUAUAAUGUAUAGCCCAGUUUCAAAACCAUGCAAUUUCAUAAAUGAAAAGGUAGAGAUAAAGAACAGUGAUCAAUCUCAUAAUUUUUAUAAGGAAUACAAAAAUACAUUUACAUACAUCUGUGUUUGAUAAUCAUAUUGUUUAUAUAAUAUCACAUUAUAAAGAUGAAUUUCAGAUAGUCUUUUGAAUCACAACAUCUAUGAUAAAUAAUUGAUCGUGUUCCUAUGUUAUAUUGCAAGAAUUUCUAAGAGAGCUCUCUUACAUGAUUGACUAAAUUGUUGAAGCUUUAAACAAUACCAACAUCACUGGCACUCGUAAACAACAUAAUUGAAACAAUAAACUCUGAUUAUGUUCAAUAUUUUACAACCUUGUGCAUUUUCUACAUACACACUUCCGUCACAUGAUGUGUGGCUGAGUAAACCACAAGAUUAUCAUGGUCAAAUAAACCUUUCCAUUUCAUAACAAUCUACCCUCACCACUCACAUUCAGCGCUAACAUGUCUACCACAGUUCACUCAGUUAAAAUUCACAAUAUGUACAUCAUGGAUCUGACUUCUUUAACAUGGUUCACCCCCUUAGACAUCACAUGUACAUCAUGCACAAAUAUAUAAAAAUAGCAUAAUGACAUUUCAUACAAUGAAUUUUUCAAUAAUUAAUGACACAAUAAUGGUAGACUGUACAGUAUUUAUAUUUUUUAAAAUGAAUCAUACAAUAAAUGAAUGACAAUAAAUGUACACUGUACAUCAUUUAUAUUUUCUAUAAUGAAUUAUACAAUGAAUGAAUGACAAUAAAUGUUCACUGUACAAUAUUUACAUAUUAACUCAUCGCAAAAUACUCCAAAUGCACAAUUUAAUGUUUUAUAUUAGUUGCAAGUCCAUUUCCAUAAUUAUUAAAAUAUAAUCCUUACAUGUAGGUUAUCUAUCAUUUUGGCAUGUAACAAUCAAUUAAACAAUUGUGUAUUUAUGCAUAAAUGCACAAUACGUCAAUGUACAACUAUUAUAGUUUGAGUCUAUGUAUAUUACAAUGGAUUUCAAUUGAAAGUCAGCAUAUUUGAAUCAAACAAAAUAUCAACAGUGAUUCUCCAAAUAAAACAUAAUGCAGUACAAUUACACAAACAAAACAACAUACGAUCUAGUUCGUCAAUACAACCUAUCAUUGGGUCAAAUGCUGUCUGACGUCUUUCAUACCGAUUGUUAGGCCGUUUUUGGCACACUGAUUCUGACUACGGAUAACUCUGUUUAUCUGAUCAGGAUAUAGGGCUCAUGGCGGGUUUGGUAUGUCCGGGGGUCCGUGUUUGCCCAACUCUCUAUUUUGUAUUGCUUAUGGAAGUCAUGAUUGAUCACUGUUCGUUAUCUUCACCUUCCAUACAGAAAGUUUAAUUUACAUGUACGCCACUGCAUCAGUAUACUAACUGUUCGUGCACAGCAAAAAUAUAACAGACUAUGUAAUGUCAUGUCCAAAUAAAACGCACUGUGCAACUGCACAUAAAAAAAAACACAGAAGUGUAACGCACAUUAAUGUCAAGUGCAUUACUAUGCUCCUUUUGCACAACGAAAGUACACUACAAUACCAUUUCACAAUACAUGUAUGUGUUCUAGCUAAUAAAUUUUAUGAUAAACAU